AUGAUUGCAGCUGAAUUCUCAGAUGUUUGUGAAGCCAGUGGCAAGUCAGCUCUCAAGACAAGCGCUGAGUGCUCUCCAUCUGUGGUCGUGCAUGCACUGAAUGAUUUGGAGUUGGAUAUCCUUGAAGUAGAAGAACGUCAAAGAGUGGAGGAGCUCAAUCUCCAGAUUGCAGAGCUACGGCACAAGCUGCGAAGACAUGAGCAGCGUCGAAGCAGGCUUCGACGAGAGUUGCUUCGCCGACGAUUCUCGUCCUCCCCACUUGGGCAGCUCAUGUCAAGCUUGGUGCCACAAUUUCUGGCAGCUCCGGAUGUUCUGCAUUGGCUUUCGGCCUCGCCAGCAGCGGCGGCACAGUUGUGCAGUCAGUUCUUUGCCGUCGAUGAGGACAAGCCAAGGACACUGCUGCAUCAUCUGUGUGGCCUUGCCCAGAGCCUCUCACCACGCGCUGCCCAGGCGGUAGCAUCUUCCUUACACUGGCCAAGCUUGGAGACACUCUCCAUGGACAUGGGAAACAUUGCUUGGUCGCGGCUCUUGCAGGCAUUGUGGGAGCAAGGCCAGCGCACAGAGCACACGGGUGAUCCAUUUGUACAGCUUCGCGGCCUGCGAUCACUUGCCGUUUCCUUUCCAGCAGAGCGCUCCGUCUCUUCCUUGCAGCAGUGGCACAACUGCGCCUCGCCGCAGCUGUCGCGGCUCGGGGCCUUGUUGGAGUUCUCCCAGUUGCAGGAGCUCGUGCUUGUUGAUCUCCGCUCCACGGAGGUCCUGACAGCAGCUCUAUCAGGGUCGUGUGGAAAGACGCUGCGAGUUUGCAGGGCGUCUUUCAUAGGUCCAGAGAGCAGAAAGCAACCCCUCACUCUGCCUCCGGGCGGAUUGCCUUCCCUUGAGUGCUUCAUGCUCCGUUAUCGUGACUUCCGUGAGCAAAGAGCAUCGCGGCAGGAGAGGAUGCAGGUGCUGGCCGAGCCGUUGCUCUCUUGUCUGAAAAGCCUACAUCAGCCCAUGAAGCUGAAGGUUCUCGCGCUGAGUGGCAUCCGAGUCGAUGGAAGCUCCGCGGAGACCGCAGCUUUGCUGGAGGGUCUUCAGGCACUGCGUGGGCUCGUGACCGUGGCUCUCCGCUUUUCUGUGCCCGCAACUUUCUGCAGUCUUCUGCCACUGUCUUCUCUGCUGAAGCUACGCCAGUGCUGGCCGCUGGUGGGGCACUUCGUGGCCGUCGAUCAGUCUCUGCAUGGUUUCGAUUACUGGCCGUGUGAGAGGAUGGAUUUCCGACAACUGUAUCCAGAAGGUUCGCCAGACGGACGCCGGGUCUUCAACACGGAGUUUCGAAACGUCUUGCAGCAAUACAAGCUGACUCCAGAAGAAGUUUGGAGCAGGAUGGAUCCGCGGCAGCGAUGCUUUUGGGAACAGGUGUCGCGCAGGCUGCCGACGAUGCCUCACAGCGAGAUGACCUUGCGUGUGGCUCAUCUCUUCCCCAGCACCUACGACGAGCGCACACACAAGCUGUGCUGA